AUGUCGUCCUCGUCGUCGUGCUGUCUCAAGAGCUUCGCAUGGGAAGGCACGCCCAGAGGCCGAGUCGACAAGCUGGGCGCGCUUGACUGCUACAUCGCCGGGUCCGAGAACGACGAUAAGCGGCCGGCGAUGGGGAUCCUCUUCAUCCACGACCUGCUGGGGUUCACAUUCCCCAACACGCGCAUCCUGGCCGACCACUACGCCGCCGAGGCCGACGCGACCGUCUACGUGCCGGACUUCUUCGGCGGCUCCGCGCCACUCCCCUUCGAGCCCAUCCUUCGCGGCCGGUUCCACGAGGUCGAUCUCGCGGGAUUCCUGGCCCGCAACGCCCGCGACAUCCGCGAGCCCGACAUCCUCGAGGCCGCGCGCCUGCUGCGCUCCCGGUAUGCGCGCGUCGGCGCCGUCGGCUUCUGCUGGGGUGGCUGGGCGUGUUUCCGACUGGGCGCGAGGGAGAAACCCCUGGUCGACUGUGUUUCAGUGGGCCACCCGAGUCUACUCACCAAACGGGACAUCGACGAGGUCGCCGUGCCGGUCCAGAUACUGGCGCCCGAGCACGACCCGGCCUACACGCCCGAGUUGAAGACGCAUACCUUUGAAACUCUCGCCAAAGCCGAGGGUGGGGGCGUCUACUUUGACUACCUGCAUUUGCCCGGCGUGGAGCAUGGAUGUCUGGUCAGAGGAGAUCCCAAAAAGCCUGGGGAGAGGGAGGCCAUGGCCAGGGCCAAGGACGCCGUCGUGGGUUGGUUCAGGCAAUUCUUGCACGAGAACUAG